AUGGCGGGACGGGCCGCUGGGUGCCCGCUGGGGCACCAGGUUGGUGGCUUUGCCUGGGAGAACUGCGGUGACGGGAGGGACCCCGUGGUGCUGCAGAGCCUCUCUGUGGCGCCCGAUCCCAUCGCCAUCCCGGGGAGCCUGCGCAUCAGUGCGGCCGUCAGCAGCAGCAAGGCCAUGGCCUCCCCUCUGAAGGCGGUGCUGGUGGUGGAGAAGGCACUGGGCGACCUCUGGAUCCAGCUGCCCUGCAUCGACCAGCUGGGCAGCUGCACCUACAAUGAUGUCUGCACCAUCCUUGACAACCUCAUCCCGCCCGGCACGACCUGCCCAGAGCCCCUGCUGACCUACGGCAUCCCUUGCCACUGCCCCUUCAAAGCGGGCUCCUACUCCCUGCCGGCCAGCGACUUUGUCCUGCCUGACGUGGAGCUGCCUUCCUGGAUGACCAAUGGCAACUACCGUGUCCGGGCAGCUGUCAGCAAUGGUGGGGAGGAACUUGCCUGUGUCAAGCUGGCCUUCUCCCUGCAGUCCCAGUAA